AACAUAGCUUAGCUGAGCGAGCCCUCGAGCAGGACCAACAGAAAAGGAAAAAAUGAUAAGUUUUCAUGCGAUUAGAUUUCCAUAAUGCUCCUUUAUCAUCUACCCCUCCUCUUUGCCAUAGUGUCAACGGCUGAACUGACCACCCUCCUGAAAGGCCGGAAUUUGACCAGUCUCGAAGAACGUCUGUCAAAGACUGAACAACGACUGAACGCUACAGAGCGAGUGUUAGGGCAGCUACUGACAGGAAGAAGUGAUGCCGAUGUUUCUUCACUAGAUGUUCUUGCUCGCAGAUCAGGUGUUCUAGUCGAUCAGACAGAUCCUGUCCUGUUUUCUGCAUACAAAUCCUCAUCUACAGGCGGUAUCAGUACUCGGACAAUCAUAAGAUUUGAUCAGACGUACAUCAACAUAGGAAACCAUUAUCACACAGAAGACGGGAUCUUUAUUGCUCCCCAGACAGGCAUCUACAUGUUCCAUUGGACCAUAGUUAAUGGAGGCAGCACUUUUUAUACCCAGCUGAUAGUCGGAGGCACAUCUCGUGCUUCAAAUUAUAUCCCUUAUCCAGGAGGACAAGACUCCAGUUCAGCGAUGGUGAUCAUAAACGUGAACAAAGAAGAUCAUGUCUGGAUUCAGAUUUAUGGUUCUGAUGAAUAUGUCUAUGGUGGUAGUAAUAGUAUUGGAAGUAACAAACCGUCCACAUUUACUGGAAUCCUCCUGAGGAAAACUUAGACAGACUAACAUUUACACAAGAGAGAAAGUCAGCAAACGUGUAUAUCUUCAGAAAACUAUUUCAGACGUCAGAAACAUUUUAUAUUUCAAACAUUGAAAGCAAUGACUCAUGAUUAACUCUGGAUAAUCUAGCUUUUGUGCAGCUUAGAAAAAUUGAUAAAACUAGCUAUUGAUGAUCGCUAUCUGAAGCUGUGAGCCACAGUACAUUCCCACCCAUUCACCUCAAUAUUGAUAUUUGCAAGAGAAAUUAGCCUGAUACAAAUUUAUAUGCAUAAUAUGAUUCGCUUUAUCUCUUUGUUACCUAGCUGUAACCUUGUAUUUUUUCAUGCUCUCAUUUGUACAAUAUCUACGGAACUACCAAAUUUGAAAGUAGUAAUAAAGCUACGGCGGCACUGGAGGGCCACGUAAAAAUA